AAAUAGUGUGGUUUGGCACAAACAUUACUUAAGAAUGUGUUUCUCCCCUUCAAUGUAAACAGGACAACCCUUUCGUAACUUACGCCAUUUCCUCUGUAAACAGGAAAUAAAUGGCCUCUGUCUGCAGACGGCCUCUGAAAGCAUGGAGGGUUUGAAGUCCUCAAGCAGCACCAUGCAGGUGAGUUUCGUGUGUCAGCGCUGCAGUCAGCCACUGAAGCUCGACACAUCCUUCAACGUGUUAGACAGAGUGACCAUCCAUGAGCUCACCGCUCCAUUAGUGACAGUAACAGCCAGUAAACAGUCAGAGGGAAGAGAGGGCAGCAGCGUCCCUGAGGAGACCCUUGUGGAAAGCAAACAGGAUGGUGUCGCCCGAAAAUACAUCCCACCCGCAAGGAUGAUGUCGACUGAAAGCACCAACAGUUUCACUCUAAUUGGAGAAACUUCAGAUGGAGGAACUAUGGAGAACUUGAGCCGCAGACUGAAGGUGACAAGUGAUCUGUUUGACAUCAUAUCUGGUCAGACAGAUGUUGAUCAUCCGCUGUGUGAGGAAUGCACUGACACACUGCUGGAUCAUCUGGACACACAACUCAACAUCACUGAGAACGAGUGCCAGAAUUACAAGAACUGUUUAGAACUGCUUUCUCAACUGCCAGAGGAAGAGGAAGUCAGUCUGUUAAAUGAACUACAACAGUUGAAACACGAGGAAGAAUCUCUCAUCCAGGAGAUGGAGAGCAUCGAGGUGCAGCGUGAAGCUGUUGCUAAAGAUCUGGUGGAGGGCCGGAGCCACAGCGAACAGCUGAACACAGAAGAACUGCAGUAUCAGAAGGAGUACUGUGAGUUUAAGCGCCAACAGUUGGAGUUGGAUGAUGAUAUUAAGAGUGUGGAUAAUCAGAUGCGUUACUGUCAAAUUCAGCUUGACAGACUCAAGAAGACCAACGUUUUCAACACCACCUUUCACAUCUGGCACAGUGGGCAGUUUGGAACGAUAAAUAACUUCCGGCUGGGCCGAUUACCCAGCGUACCGGUGGAGUGGAAUGAGAUUAAUGCUGCCUGGGGUCAAACUGUGCUUCUACUGCACGCUCUAGCAAAAAAAAUGGGGCUGCGCUUUCAGAGAUAUCGACUAGUUCCGUAUGGAAAUCAUUCCUAUCUGGAAUCUCUCACAGAUAAGUCUAAGGAGUUGCCACUGUAUUGCUCAGGUGGUCUGCGCUUUUUCUGGGAUAAUAAAUUUGACCACGCUAUGGUGGCCUUUCUCGACUGCGUCCAGCAGUUUAAAGAGGAGGUGGAGAAGGGUGACACAGGCUUCUGUCUGCCAUACAGAAUGGACGUGGACAAAGGCAAGAUUGAGGACACUGGUGGCAGUGGAGGAUCUUACUCCAUUAAGACUCAGUUUAACUCAGAGGAGCAGUGGACCAAAGCCCUCAAGUUCAUGCUUACCAACCUCAAAUGGGGUCUGGCCUGGGUUUCCUCUCAGUUCUACAGCCGCUAGAUUUAACUGAUCCACCACACCAAGAAACCACAUGAAAUUGAGGGAUGGAGUCUUCACUGAUGAUAGAGUAUCAGCAUAAGUAUGGACUUUUAUUUUUUGGAACUCAGCUUCAAUCACAAUUCAACAGUAAAAGGACUAUAUUUAUCAAUUAAACAUAAGAGGUCAUUUUGAA